GCUUCCUUCAUCUUUUUCGCCUCGCACUUAAAACCCAACCAUUCGAUUUGUGAGCUGCAACCCAACUUCCCUCCGCUUUCACCAUUCAUCGCACAUCACUCGCCACUCGCACCCGCCAAGACUGCACUUUUUCAAUCCCAAUACAAUUGUUGCUCCUUGCUGGCAGUUAACGACUUGAAACCACCCUGAACAUCAUGUCUGAGCCCAAGAAGGAGCCUACCGCCGCCGAGGCUAUGCUGUUCUUCAGCAUCGUCAAGAACACCAAGAACAAGGCGGACGUUGACUGGGAGGCCGUUGCCACGGAGCAGGGUUUCAAGAACUCUGAAGUUGCCAAGGUCCGCUUCGGACAGGUCAAGCGCAAGCUGGGAAUCUCUAGCGACGCAUCUACUCCGGCCCGUACUCCUACCAAGAAGGGCGCCGCCUCGUCGACUUUGACUACGCCAUCCAAGGUCGCAAAGACCCCUCGGGGCAAGGGCAAGCCCCGCUCCAAGGUCAAGAAGGAGGAGCCUCAGUAUGAGGACGCUGACGAUGCUGAAAAGUCCUAUGUCAAGGCAGAGCAUCAGAACGAGAGUGAUGGGGAGGCUGACGAGCAGCUUCGCUCUGAGAUGUAUGCCAAGGUGGAUCCAUUCUAAAGUCUAGAACCGAGGCGUGGGCUACGUACGGGGUGUGCUGUAUUGACUACCUCGGGACAACGCAUGUUUUCUGGGCUUGAUGCCGUGGAUGCUUGAGCCUUAAGAGCGGCGGGCAGUUGGGCAUUUCGGAUACAAACACAUCCACAGGCACAAUGACUAGAUAUCUCACGGUAUUAAAAUCGAUAUCGACGACAGGUUAAUUGCUGAA